GCUACAAUGAGCAGCUUCCUAGACUACUCGGUGAUGAGCGGUGAAGGGGGCUCAUGCUCUGUUAGGGCUUUUCACUCUGACCACGGGAUUACAACUUUCCAGUCCUGCGCGGUUACGGUCAACAAUUGUGGUGCGGAUGACCGUUUCAUGGCAAGCAGGGCUUCCCCCGACGGCAUCCCUCACCAGCCGGGGUCAUACCAAUCUACUGCAAGCUCACUGGGUCUCACCUAUGGGGCCCAUCCGGCCUGUGGCUCCAGCUAUGGACCCCAAGGUUUCUGUGCUACGUAUAACCAUUAUGCGCUCAACCAGGAAGUAGAUUCCACAGCAGGAUUCCCCCAGUGCGGCCCACUGAUGUAUUCGGGUAACAUUUCCUCCUCCAUGGUCUCUCAGCAUCGCCAAGGUUACAGUGCCGCCCCCUUGGGUCAGCUGCAGUAUGCCCACGCAGCCUAUGGCGGCGGGCACGAGCAAACAACCCCCUUUCCCGGGUGUUCAAACCCGUUGUCACCACUGCAUGCAGCUCACCUGGAAGCCUGCUGUUCUCCUCUUUCUGAGAGCGCAUCUUCUGCACAGACCUUCGACUGGAUGAAAGUCAAGAGGAACCCACCCAAAACAGGGAGGUCCGGGGAAUACGGAUAUGGGGGUCAGCCGAACACGGUCCGGACCAACUUCACCACCAAGCAACUGACGGAACUUGAGAAGGAGUUCCACUUCAACAAGUAUCUGACCCGCGCGCGACGUGUGGAGAUCGCAGCAGCGCUCCAACUGAACGAGACUCAAGUUAAAAUCUGGUUUCAGAACCGGAGGAUGAAGCAAAAGAAGCGAGAGAAAGAAGGGCUGCUUCCGGCCAAACCUUCAUCUUCUGACCUCGCGGAGAACAUUCAAGAGAAAAUAGACGAUGCUGCGUCAGAAAAGUCUGUGUCAGCCCCCUCUACUCCCUCUCCCACAUCCUCUACGGUGUCUUCCACGGGGGCUGACCCCUACUCUUCUAACUAA